AUGAUGACUAGAAAGAGCGUACAGCGCCGGCGUGGCGACUUCAUGUUGAGGGCCUGCACCUUCAUGGCCUUAUGCGUCGGUGGCAUUGUGUUGCUGGCAAGUGAUGAGGCCGUUGAGGGUCGUCGCCAGGAUGGGCUCCUUCCACGUGAUUUGCAGCAGGGGUCACUGGCAGGGCAGGAAACCCCACUUUGCCGAACCGUCCCCGCGCCUGGCGUUGGUGACCAAACUCGAAACAAGAGCACCGACGCCGACAUCAACAAAGUGACUUUGUCUAAGGAACAGCUCAGUACAACUGUGGAAUGCAUUGGUAAAGGCAGCGCUGUGGCCCUGGUGCCUAAAAAGAAAGAAGAAGCGUGUGUCAUAAAGCCUGGCGCAACUGUAGAGAACUGCAAUAGCGAAGGGUCGAGCUCGCUUCGGAGUCUCCUCCAGGCUAACCGUGAGAUCACGUGGACUGACGCAGUACUCUCGUCAGGGGACGGACACAGGCAAACAAGGAGAUUAGAACUCACGGAGGACGACCUUCCCUUCACUGAUAAGUCCUUUUUCGUCGGAUGUACAUCCGAAGUUGACGGCCAUGUCAAAUCUGCACCGGCUGCAGCGAAGACAUGCCGAAUCGAUGUCAGCGUGCUGGCGCGUUCGUCCAAAGUUGAGGAAAACGUGGUGACAUGUGCCUACGGCGCAGAGAGCAAUCCGCGCCCCUUGGAAGUGGAGCUGACGAGCCGAAACAACACGGUGGUCGUGGCCUGUGGCGCCGACGGCUCCAUCGCCCCUCCCUCGUACAACACGCACUACUGCGACGACACUUUGCAGUCGUGCGACAAGAGCUACACAGACAUUUUCCCCAAGUUCGACAGCACCUGGUGGAGUGGCGAGGCGGGCAAAGACGACGCGCCUGUGAAGCUGACCAUCCCGAAGGAGAGCUUUCCAGUUGAGGACCAGCGAUUUUACGUUGGCUGCUCACCGAAGAAAAACGGAGAUGGCUCGAGUGGGGGUUCACGCGCCGGCGCAGGUCCGGAGACUCAGGCUCCUGCAGCUUCGCCCACGCGCUGCAAAGUGAUGGUCACAGUGAGGGCCGCGGCCGCUAGUUCUUCUGUGUCCUCGAUUGUGGGGGAUGUUGUUGCGGCUGCUGGUGCUACCGCAAUUGCUAGUUUCGUCGGCGGCUUGUUUUAA